ACCGCCAGUAUCAACAAAACUUAAAACUAAGUUGUGAUUUUAGGCUACCAAUGGUUAUGAUUAUAUUAUAUUACUAUCUUACUAUUUGGCAAUUAUUAUAAUUUUGAUAUGUGACUGAUAUGAAUUAUUUUAAUUUUAAAAUUAAAAAGUAUAUAUAAAUUUGGCGAGAAAGGGGGAAAAAGUAAUAUUUUCAUUUGUUUUACUUUUGUUUAGUUCAAGUUGGACCCAGUUCAGUUUCGGACCAGGUGGGCCUACUAGUCUAAAGACACUAACUAAAGUUAAAGCCUUCUUCACAUUUCACUAUAUAAUUAGGCCUGAUAAAAAUUAAUAUUAAUUAAUAGGUAAGGACAAGGAGCUAAUUAUUAAAAUUAAUGCCAAUAUUUAAGAUUUUUGUCUUACCCUGCUCUACCAAAUAGUACCAUUGCAUAGACUGGCCUAGGACUAGGGUGCUAUGACUUAAUUACUAAUAUUAAUGAGACUACUUUACUGUAACUUUACACAUUAAUUUGAUUAAACAACACGUUAAAGAUAAUAUUACUAAUAUUACUGAUGGCAUACUCACAGGAAUUGUAGUCUAAGAACAGACUAUAGAAAAUAGGACUUUCAAUGUCUGAGACUGCCUAGAGACAAAAAAAGUGACCGUUCGUACUGGUUUUGGCUUGGAAAGUUUGUCUCACUGAAACCCUUACCGUACAGUUAAAGUUAAGGACUAUACAAUUUAAUAUUUGAGUUUUCAUUCAAUAGUGAAAAUAGAUAAUAUAAAGUACAUCUGAUAUCCUGGGAUAAUGUAAAUAAAUGAUUAAUAGCACAACUGAAAUGAAAGAAACAUAAUUAAUCAUGCUUGCAGAUUGGCAUAAAAAAUGUAAUCUAAAUACUCAACUUUCUGUUUUGAUUGAACCUCACAAAUAUUUUUUGUUUACAUGUUUUUUUGUUUAGAAUUUAGAUGGCCUCUUCACUUCACAUAAUCGGCUUCCGAGUCCAGAAAUUAUGUGGUCAUUGUGGGGUAACUCACAAACUCUUGCUCGCUCCUGUUACAGCUAACAGUUUAGUUCCUCAAAGAAACAACUGGAGGAAAAAUUAUGCAAAACGAGAGGCUAAAAAACAAGUUAUAUAUGAAAAUGUUGGUGAAAAUGCAAAAAAAACAUCCUUGAUUUAUGCUUGGGGACAAGCCUCGUCGGGGGCUUUAGGUAAUGAAUGUAACAGUGAAGAGCUAGUCAGUAGUAUAACCUCUUCUGCAAGUUUCACCUGCAUCAUUUGUUUGAAUAUCAUUUCAUAAUUGUUAAUGAUGAAAGUAAAGAAUCAUAUACUCAAAAUUUUCAACCGAUUAUGAUAAAUAAUUGUGAUUAACACAACACUGUUUAUUUAUUUGUUUUUUAUUUUAUAAUGUUCAAAUUUUACUUCCAGCACUAACAUUAUCCAAUGCCUUUAUAAAUUCUUCUCCAGGAAUUGCCAGCUAUGUUAAACCAAACCUUAAAUUCAGGGGCAAACAGAUCUUUAUCAAUAAAAUCAACAGGCCUGCUCGUGUUCGAUUUUUCGACAUCAACCAAAUGAAGGUGGUUACAUUUUUAAACUUAACUUGACUGAAGCAAUUUAAAUAGAUUGUGUUGGUGUCUGAACUCCUUAAAAAAUACAGACAUUUUUAAAUAAUUACUUUCAUUGUUGAUUUGGAUAAAGAAUACUUUUGAGCCACUUAUACAUUUCUUUUUUUUUAUGGUAAUUUUAGUUUUAGUCAGAUUUUCAUUUCCAACUAAAAUUUUAAAGUUAAAAUGUGUUUAUUUAACUUUUAAAUCAUCCAUUUUCAAUUUUCAUGUCACUAGCCAUUCACAUAUUCUCAUUCAGUUUGUAAUGCAUAAAUAAGUGUCAUAAGUUUCAUGGUGGUUGUCAUACUUGUAUAAUAUAUUUCACACUGCUCUUUAAAAAUGUGUUUCUACAAUUUUAUCUCCAGCCUUACGACAUUGCUUGUGGCUAUGGUUUCACUGUUGUAGCAGUUAAAUAUCAAAACAAGAGAAUAGUCUUAGGCACAGGGGUCAACACAGAUUCCCAGAUCGGCUAUCACGAAACACCAAAAGGCUCUGGUUAGUCAAAGGAUGUUAUGGUUAUCUUUACUUAUCGCUCAUCUUAUUUAGUUUAUGAGUAUAUUUACAAUCAAGUUAUGCCCAAUAAAAACUGCUCUUCUGUAUGUGGCAGAUUUAAUAAAGUGGAGUUUUAUUAAAUAAGCAGGGUUUUUUAUUUUAGUUUCCAGCAUUAAAUACAUUUAGAAAAACCCCACCAGCAUUAAACAGAUGUGGGUGAUAUGUAGAUUAUUGCACUACUGCUCAGUAUAUACAGCAAUGUGUCUUCAACUCCAUCACAAUUAAUUUGUAAAAAAAAAUCAUCUUCUGUAGGAAGGAUCCUUGAUCAGCUCAUUGAGCCAAGUCAUAUCAAGUUGCCAAUUCAAAAGCCUGAUGACUGUCGUGUAACAUCAGUUGCGUGUGGCAGGGCCCACACAGUUAUUAUUGUGGAGAAUGAAGGAGGUAAGAUAUUGCCUUUGGCUCGUUGACUGAAUGGUACAGUCUGUGUCGAGUAUGAGCGUUCAUUAGGAAUUGUUGCGACUUAAUAUUAUGUUCAUUAGUUGUUGAACGCUUUUCCCGCGCUUGACUAUUAUAGUUAGUGAACGCUCUUCCCGCCAUUGUCUUUAUGACGUAUUUUUAUGCUGAGUCGUGACGUAUUGUCUAUGCAGUGUUGUGACGUAUGUUUUAGUCGUGCGCAGUCUUGAGUGGAACCUUGAAGUGAUAGGAUGUUUAUUAUAUUUACUUAGAUAUUAAAGUUAUAGUUAUUAUGAAAAGGAGUUGAGUUUGUUAAUUGAUAGUGAGAAUAGUACGACGCUUCAACGUAUGAAAGAACUGACGAAUGUAAUAUUUACUUAGAUAUUAAAGUUAUAGUUAUUAUGAAAAGGAGUUGAGUUUGUUAAUUGAUAGUGAGAAUAGUACGACGCUUCAACGUAUGAAAGAACUGACGAAUGUAAUCAAUCCAAGAAGACGUUAUAGGAGUUGACAGUCUGAACUGUUGAGGAAGUAAAGAAGCUUGUGGCGUGUUCAUGAAUGACCAAAUAUCAUUAACUAGAGAAAUAAGUACAGGCUCCCCACAAGUUUGCAUACUCUCCCCUGUCCUGUAUACAAUAUAUACUGAUGAUAUCUAGAGCCCAAGCUACACCGUUGCAAUCAUAAAAUUUGCUGAUGUUGGUGUGGGAAUUCAUCAUCUAACAUCAAACACCAAUUAAAUAGACUAAUCAAGAAAGCUGUUAAUAUCACACAAACUAAACAUCCUUCACUUGCAGAACUAUUUGAAGAAAAAUGCUGUUGUAAAACUACAAAAAAUUGUUAAUGAUGCAUUGCACCCUCUUCAUCACAGAUACCUAAGAUCAGCUCAAUCAGUGCGAAUUAUUUCUCUCAAAGUUAAGACUGAAAGAUAUAAGAUUCUGUAAGAAUUUAUUAAUAAAUUAGACACGAGCAAUUUGUGUUAAUAAAAUAUAACAAUGUAUGUUUAGCUUUAAUAAUAAUUUUACAUAAUACACAAGUAAACGUUUCGACAAAUGUAUGAUAUGUGUAUAUAUAUUAUGUAAAUUUAAUUAAUACUUAUUUAAACGUUUUGUUGCUAUACUGAUGAAAUCUAUUUUUAAAGUUGUAUCGCAGUCCAAAACUUUUGUAAGAAUUUACCAGCAUGCUGUAACCGUGGUUAUCGAAAAGUAAAUGAUCACCAAACUCUUCACCCUGGAUGACUAACUACAUCUGAUUGUAAAUUGAAGAGGGAAUAAUCACUGCUUUGGAAUAAUUUACUUUAGAAAAUAAAAUAUAUUAAUAUAUUUAAAUUUGACCAAUAUUUUUCAGUAUUUACCUUGGGUAAUAAUGCAUAUGGCCAGUGUGGAAGAUCUAUUGUGGAAGGGGAAGAUUAUAGGUAAAAUCAUUUUUUAAAAUUAAGAAUGUAGUUAUUAUUGUUUACAUUUGAUGAUUUUUUUUUCAUCACAUCUUUAAAAUUUUCGGCUACUAAAUAACACUAAAAUAAAUUUUCUAAGCAGUCAGCUGGGAGAUUAGGAGAUUAGACUGAAACACUUUUUAUCUUAUAAAUUUUCUUUCUAAUUUCAGCAAAAAUCAAACUAUUAAUAAGCUGGCAGAAGUGCCGGGGGAUAUUAUAAAGGUAAUGAAUACUCAUUGCUAAAUGUUUUUGGUAGCAGAUUAACACUUAAACACCAUAGUUUCAUUGUAGAUAUUAAAUAAACUUUAUAGCAAAGUAACCUUCGUUUAUUAAAAAAACUGUUUAAAAACAAUAUUUUUAAUCUUAUUUAAAAUGUGUUCUUUAAAUACAUACCAUUAACACAACUAAUACAUAAAGUUUCCCCCAAAACUAUCAGGUGGUGUGUGGUCAAGACCACACCCUUUUUCUCACUCAGUCGGGAGAGGUAUACAGCUGUGGUCUUGGAGCCGAUGGACAAACAGGUUCAGCUUUAAUGAUAUUAAUUAUUAUUCAGUUAAGUACACACUAUUUGAUUCAUUGGAACAGAAUAUUUAUUUGGUACAGAUAACAAAGAGAAAUGAUAUUAAUUUUUAAAUAACGAAACAGUUUAUUUAGCUACAUUGAGACGCUCAUGUCAGUUGAUUAGGACAUAUUGUUGCCAUUAUUUGUUUUGUCACUAGUUUCUUUGUGUUUUAAAAUUGGUGAGACUUAUUGAGGACAGGUUCUGACGUUAAAAAGAUAUACCGGUAUCAGCUUGUUGUAUGAUCAGUUUGCUUGUAUUUAACACUAAUAGUUUUCAAUGAACAUUUUUGAGCUCACUUCUGUUUAAAAAAUUGAAACACAACACAAGGCCUGGAAAGUCACAAGCUUAAAAGUGAAUGACUAGCCAAGUUUUACCAAAAUAUAAUGCAUCUUCAUGCCAGAAGUGUUUAUCUGCACUUGAUUCCUGCAGUGAUUUAUCUUUUUUUUUUUUGUCUGUCAUGAGAAAGCUAAAGGGUAGAGUUGAUAAGAGCAUUAGAAAGUAAAGUGCAUUUUCAUUCUCUCCGAUUAGUAUUAAGUUACAGUAGUCAUUCACGGCAUAUUAUUUGUUUUAAUCAUUUACAUGAAAUUUAAAAUAAGUUGAGCAACAUCAAUUUAUUCCUGAUGUUCCCAAUAAACGGAAUCAAGUGGAUACUUUGCUACGCAUGACUUUCUUCUUUAUAUUCUUACUCUGUUAUGUAGGUGUAGGCCACUACAACAACACAUCAAAGCUGACACGCAUCAAAGGAGACAUAGACGGUGUCAAGGUCACCUCAGUGGGUUCAAGAGGUGACUGCACUUUGGCAGUUUCUGGUAGGUUGGUUGCUGUGUAAUAAUCAAAUGGCCAGCUUUACAUCAAGUGUGUAUAGUUUCACAGAAAUUGUAAAUAAUAGUUUUAUGAUGUAGUGAAUCCCAACCGAAUGUGCAUCCAGUACAGGAACUGAUCUCAUACUGAUUAUUGACUGUGCCAUGGUGAUGGAAACAAAAAGCGAAUUUGAAAAGUGUUGCGAUCGACUAAUAGCAUAAACAGUUUAAUGGCUUCGUUUAGUCUAGGAAUAGCUGGUAACAACACAAAGAUUAACAUUUCAUAUGAUUCUUUAUUCAACUCCUUAGCGUACCUUCUUCCUUCCAUCUCUCAUCAACUGACUAAUUACCAAAACCAUUACAAAUAACACCAUCAUCUCUCAUACUCAUUCCCAAGAAACUUCACCAAUACAAACCACAUAACAGCAGCUGCACGAUAGAUCUCAAAAUCGAAUAAGCUCACUAACAAAUCAAGUAUACAAAACACAAACCAAAAAAAAAAAAAAUGCACUUAUGGAACAAAUCAUUAACAGCAAGGUUAAGAGUAAAAUAAAUUGAAAGCAUUGAAAUGAUUUCAUCAGUCUUAGCAUUUUGGCAUCUAGCACUUCACAUUUACAUGAAAAAAAUGGUUCACAUCUUUUUCAAGAUUUCAUAUGUAUAUUAAUGUACUUCCUGACCAGAGAGUGGUGAUUUGUUUGGAUGGGGCAACUCUGAGUACAACCAACUUGGGUUGGUGACCAGCGAGACACAAGUUAAUUUGCCGAGACACAUUCCAGUACCACAUUGUGGGAAGGUGAUUAAAGCUGUUGCUGGUGGCUCGUCAUGUGCUCUUUUAAAUGGUGAGUGAAAUUAAACCAUCAGUGUAUUCGGUAAACCAUAAACCAGUGUUCCCCAAAUGGUGUCUGCAGACUGGCCUGGUCAGGAAGCCUUGGGUUACCGUUCCGUAAGACAUUUGUCAAGAAAUUAGAUGAAAAUUUAUGUUUAAUUCUCAUUUGAAAACAAAUUCAUAACUUGAGAUUCUCUUAAUCAUAAAAAUCUGUUUUUUAGCAUAUUUUUUCAUUCACUGCGAGAAUCUUGCCACCAAGAGAAUGUCUACAUGUCUGUGUUCAGCAAGUUGUAAAAUUGUGAUGGAUUAAAUUUAAGACUAUUUGCUGCAUUCUGUGAUGAUAUGAAGGUUGAACACAAACAACUUCUACUGCGUGCCAAAGUACUCUGGUUGUCAAAUGAAAAAGUUUUAUUAAGAGUUUUAACUGGGAAGGGAGCUUACAGAAUUUCUGAAAGAAAAAAACAGGUUGGUCAGGACACUUUGGAAACGUGGAUUCGUAGCUAAGUUGGCUUACUUAUCAGAUAUCUUUUGCCAGCUCAAAUGAGCUCGUAAUGAUGGCUCUCAAACUUCAGAAUGCCUGACAAAGCUAGAUGGUCAUUAACGAAACUAGAGGCAUGGAAGGGUCGGCUGUAGAUUGUUUUGCUAUGAUUCGCGACUUAACAGCAACCAACUGAAUGCAGGGAAAGUGCUUGAUUACACAUCUCUACACAAGGCUUAAGGGUCAUAACAGAAGUAUUUACCAAUUUAAUUGACCCUUUUGAGUUUUGCUUUCCAAGAGAAGACUCAUUUGGAGGUCAGUUUUCAAGAUAAGUUUUUGCAAUUAGCUGCUGACAAAGGAUUUUCACCACCCCUAUAUCAUUUUUAUGAACUUUUUGGAUUUGGAUUCAUGUCAAAGCUGAAGAUCCUGUACAUACCAAAAUUGCCAGGUAAGUUCUUAUCCCAUUUCCUUCUGCAAAACUGGCUUUUUGUCAUUGAGCGUUAAGACGAAGGACAGGAACAGAAUGGAUACUCGUUGUCCUUUGUUGGUACCGGUAGCUCUGUCUACACUCAAACCACGAUUUCAUUUGCUUGUCAAUACAAAGCAUGCCCACAUUUCUCUUUAAAUAAUCCCUUGGUGUACCGGUAUUCCAGAAACAUCUUUGUCAGCUUCAGUUAUAUUUUAAUGUUCAUCUGCACAAGUAUAAGCUUUGUAUUUCAAAUGAACUAGAUGAUGGAUAAUCACUCUUUAAGUCAAUAUUUUCACAAAUGGCGUGAAAUUCCAUGGUUAUUUGAUGGCUGAUUUAACUUGUGAAAUAGUUCGGAUGUGUAAGGUUUGAAUUGUUAUAGCUUUAACAUGUUUGUCUUUGUAAGAAAAUUAUCUAGGUACUGAAAAUGAAAAUCUACAAUGUAAUAAAAAAUAAACAUUUCCAUUUAUUUGGAUAAAUAAAAGAAUAAUAAUAAUAAUAAUAAUAAUAAGUGGUCUUAUAUAGCGAGAACGAGAAUUUCGUCUGUCUCAUCUUAUCUUGCUGAUAAAAUGUUACUGAAAGCGGAUGAUAGCUGUACAAUGUUACUGAAAAUGGAUGAUAGCUGUACAAUUUUGUGUUGCAGAUCAAGGUCAGGUUUACGUUUGGGGCUUUGGCAUUUUGGGUAAAGGUCCAAAACUUGAGAUGUCUUCCACUCCGUCAUUGAUACCAGAACCCAUAUUUGGUCGCAAUGAGCUGUCACCCAACACUAAAAUAGUUGACAUUGAGUCUGGUCUUACUUAUCUUGCAGCUAAAAAUGGUAUGUGGAUUCACUGUCCUAUUCGUUAAUUUAAAAAAUUUUGCUUACAUUAGUUUCAAGUUACAUAAAGUUCUAAAUAUUACCAACCAGUUUAAAUGAAUGUUAUAAGAUCAAAGUUCUGUUGGUUUAGAAAUGCUGAGUUUCUUGUAUGAAAAAAAAAUGCUUCAGCUCUGUUAAAGUAAAUAGAUCUACCGACAUUUAAGAAAUGGAUUCUUUCAGAUAAUGGAGAUUUGUACACAUGGGGUCGCAAUAAUAAUGGCGUCUUGGGGCUCAACGAAGAAAAGAAUCAGUUUUUUCCAUGGAGGGUAAGUUUUCCUUUUGUUUAUUUCAUGUAUCUUCUUCAGUAAUCAAUCAAUGUGUGUGAUUGUAUGUAAUGAAAUUUCUUCAGUAAUCAAUCACUGUAUGCAAUAUGUGAUUAAAUGUCUUCAGUAAUCAAUUUGUAUGACUAUGCAAUGUCAUGAAAUGCAGACCUGUUUACUCUUACGAUUUUGGCGUACAAUGUACGAUUUAGAGGUGCAUAUUUAUAUAUCCUGUAUGUUUAUUAUUUUUACUAUUAAGAUAAUGUAUUGAACAAUUUUGUGAUGAUAUUGUACGAUUUUAAGAGUUUGAGGGUAAACAGGUCUGGAAAUGAAAUGUCUUCAAUAAUCAAUCAAUUUGUAUUGCUAUGCAAAUUGUGAUGAAAUGUCUUCAGUAAUCAAUCAAUUUUUAUGACUAUGCAAUUUGUCAUGAAAUAUCUUCAGUAUUCACUCAAUUUGUACAACUAAGCAAUUUGUGAUGAAAUGCAAUGUUCUGGAAAAUAUCAUCAAUAUUGUGACCGCUAGCCAGAAGAUGGCAACAAAAUGGAGUGCAUUAUAAGGAGAAAGUUCAAAGUCAUCAUUGCUGCUGGCUGCCUCUCCCAGGUUUUACUAUUACAGGUUAAGUAAGACCCUAUGCUUUUUGAUGUGCAUUUGAAAACCAAGGGAGUCCUCCAUCAAAAUUGAAUUAUUCAAUAAAAAUAACAAAAUCACUGAGGUUUUUUUUUGUUCUAAGGGGUGUCAAAAAUUUUGCCCUGCUCUGGUCUGCACUAACCAUAGCUACACACGCCACUAGGUAGCUUACUAUUAACUUUCUCAAAAAUUUAGGAUUGUUUUCAGGCAUUAUGUGAGAAAAUGAGAGUCAGUGCUUAAAUUUGUUUUUUGUUUUUUUAAUUUUCAGGUAGCUUUGCCCGCAGAGGCUGUCAAAGUAGCCUGUGGAUUGGACCACAUGGUGGCUUUAUGUAAAUCCUUCACCUGAUGUUAUUGUAAUGAUUAAGAAUUCAAAUUAAAUCAUUUUUACAUAAUAGGAUGAGCCAACUUUCGUUUUUUUUAGAUAAGUGACAAUGCUCAGAUUUUGAAUGAAC